AUGAUCGCCCCGGAGCCCCCCCUCGGCCCCCCCGGCCCCCCGGGCCCCCGCCACGUCGUGGCCACCAUCGAGGCCCUGGCGCCGGACCCCGAGCCCGCCGGCCAGCAGCCCGCCGCCGCCAGCGCGCCCCAGAGGCUCCGCAGAGCGCUCAACAGGGAGCUGCUGGUCUCCGUGGCUCUGGGCCAGGUUCUGUCUCUGCUCAUCUGCGGCAUCGGCCUGACCAGCAAAUACCUGUCGGAGGACUUCCACGCCAACACCCCGGUCUUUCAGAGUUUCCUCAACUAUAUCCUCCUGUUCCUGGUCUACACUACCACUCUGGCAGUCCGGCAAGGAGAAGAAAAUUUGCUGGCCAUUCUGAAGCGGCGAUGGUGGAAGUACAUGAUCCUGGGCAUCGUUGACAUCGAAGCCAAUUACCUGGUGGUCAAGGCUUACCAGUACACCACGCUGACCAGCGUCCAGCUGCUGGACUGCUUCGUCAUCCCCGUGGUCAUCCUGCUGUCCUGGUUCUUCCUGCUGGUGCGGUACAAGGUCGUGCACUGCGUCGGGAUCGUCGUGUGCAUCCUGGGCAUGGGCUGCAUGGCCGGGGCCGACGUCCUGGCGGGCCGGCAGCAGGGGUCAGGAGAAAACAAGCUGAUCGGGGACCUCCUGGUGCUGGGGGGUGCGACGCUGUAUGGCAUCUCCAACGUAUGCGAGGAGUACAUCGUGCGCAACCUUAGCCGCGUGGAGUUCCUGGGCAUGAUCGGCCUCUUCGGCUCCUUUUUCAGCGGCAUCCAGCUGGCUAUCAUGGAGCACAAGGAGCUGUUGAAGGUGGCCUGGGACUGGCAGAUUGGGCUGCUGUACGUGGGCUUCAGCGCCUGCAUGUUCGGCCUGUACAGCUUCAUGCCAGUGGUCUUAAAGAAGACCAGCGCCACAGCCGUCAACCUCUCCCUGCUCACGGCAGAUCUGUACAGCCUCUUCUGCGGCCUGUUCCUCUUCCACUACAAGUUUUCAGGCCUUUACCUCCUGUCCUUCUUCACGAUCCUCAUCGGGCUACUGCUCUACUCCUCCACGUCCACCUACGUGGCCCAGGACCCCCGCGUGUACAAGCAGUUCCGCAACCCGGCCGGCCCCGUGGUCGACCUGCUGACCCCGGCCCCGACGGAGCCCGCGGUCACCUACACCAGCCUGGGCCAGGAGACGGAAGAGGAGCCCCACGUGCGCGUGGCGUGAGUCGUGGCCGGCCCUCCCGCCUGCCCCCACCACCCCCAACGGCUCCCGGAGAAAGGUAUUUGCUGGUGCUCCUUGCCCCGGGGCCUCCAGGAUCCGGACCAGAAGCCCCCAAGGGGACCAGUGGACUGUCCUGCAGCUGCCCCUGUGGCAUCUCCGGGGCUUUUGGCCUCCGACCCCGCCCUUCCACCCCACCCCCUCCCCCCGUCCUAGAGGGGCCAUGACCCCUGAACCCAAGGGGGCUCUGCGGCCCUGGGAAACAUUGCUGGGGACCCACAGAACUGCCCACACCACCCCUGGACAGCCAUCCUUCUGGUCUUGCCCAGAGCAGAUGAGGGUUUGACCCCCUCAGACCUCCCAGGCCCCUGCUCUCCCACAGAUGUGGCUCCAGUGAUCUUCAGCUGGGCAGGGCGGGGGAUUGGUGGGCAGCCUUUGAGGGGAGGUCAGGCCGCCGACCACCCCAGCCCCUGUUCCAGCAGGCGAUGUCCGGUGAGCGUUUUUGACCACUUGGAAUUCGCCGCCCAUUCCAGGAAACGGGAUCUCUAGACUUUGGGAUUUCAUUGUUUAGAGUUUGGUUAAACGGGGACCUCCCAAGGGUCCUCUUGAUCCCCUCCCCCUGGUUUUCUACCCCUUCCACCGAGCGAGGCUCCUCCUGCUGAUGAAACGUGUGACGCUUAGGGCCCGGGGGUGCCCAGCGUCUCCCUGGCUUGGACUUUGGAUCGCCAGGAGCCACUCGGUGACCUUUCCCAUCCUGAUGACCAAGUGGGGAACGUUUCCACCAUGAAAACACCCUCGGUUGCCUGGAGACCUACGUGUAGGACGCUGAGAACAAGGAGUUGUGCCGAAAUUGAAGGGGAGCUGGGUCCACCGGACUGGUGGUCCCAUGCCACCCUUGGGCCCUCCCUGGCUGCCUACUCUUGGGGCAUACUUGAAAAAUGUGGCUGAAUUCCCCCGUCCCUUCUUCCAGACACUGUUUUCCUAGACGAUGGUUGUGCAGGUGACUACGUUUGGGUUUUCUGGUACACAUUUCAACCUCCCUGACGCUGUUCAUUGGUAUUUAUUAAUGCAGGAAACUCAGGGCCAUCUGGAUGAGCUGGCACAAUCACACUCCCAGGAAUCAAGAACAUCCUUAUGCCAGCCUGGGUCGCUUCCCUGUGGGUGCCCAGAGCCAAGCAGGCCCUCGUUCGAGCAGCGGAUUGUAGGGGGAAACAUAAGGAUCUAGGAAAACUCUGAGAGAGUUUCACUUUAGGUCACCGGAGGGAAUGGUAGAGACGGAGCAGGGAGAGUAAGGAAUGUUAGAUAGUCCAUCCCUGACCAUGAGGGUGGGUGUCCAGGAGGGUGGGAGCCGUGGUGGCCCUGUCUCAGAGUCUUGAACCAGACUGACCAUGUGACUGACCCAGGGUGGCCUGCCGUUCGCUAAAAACAAGAAUCAGAGCCAGCGAUUGGGCGGAUUCCCUCUCCAUCCCUUUGUGGUCCUCACAGGGCCCCUUCCGGAAGGACUUUCCCUGAAGUUUUUAAUGGAAUCCACGGUGAACAUUAGGGUGGGAGAAAGUGGUCGCCCAGAUGGGAAUGCGCUAGCAAGACAAGAAACGCCGGGUUUUUGCCAAACGAGCCACCUCAUUUGAGUUUGUUCCGACGGACGGCGGAGGGGAGAGGUUUUGAUGCAGACUCUGGGGGAGGGUCUCACCAAAGCACUGACCCUUGGGGGCAGGGUCUGCCCACUGGUGUGUCCUAAGAAGGGCAGUCUGGCCCAGGCCAGGCUUCCUCUCCAGGAGACUCAUAGUCUGGAGAUGGGAGUGGUGGGGGAGGGCGGGACUAUUGCCCUGUUAGGACUCCUCCAUCACCACCUCUGCUCCCCCCACCCCCCACCAUAGCAAUAGGUUUUUAAUCACCUCAAAUCCCUGGAGCUCCCACCCCUUUGGGAGCUCUAUUCUCUAUAUCCUAUUCUCCCUGCUCCCUUUCCCAGCAAUUAAAUCCCACUCUCUGGGCAUCCUGUCUCUGAGGCCCAGGGCACUGAAAGAUUGGGGAUUAAUACUUCAUGUUUACAUCCAUCCAUUUUCCUCCAUUUUUGUUUUUUUCUGCGUUUUUAGUAUUUAUUUUGUAAGCCAAAUGUUUGUAGUCUUCUUUUUUACUCAUUUUUAGGAUGCUAAUUUGUAGCCGUUUAAUCAAGUCUUCUUAGGAGCCGCCGGGCAGAGCAUAGACCCAGGCCAGUGACCUGGAGUGGGAGUUUUUUAAAAUGUAAAAAGCCAAAAAGGUUUACAAUCCACGGUGGGUGGGAGGGAUGAGCCCCAGCUGUCUGGGACUGUUUUUUAUAGAAUAUUUUAACUGACUCCACUCUGUGGAAACCCAAGCGGGACCAUCCAGAAACACACUGUAGUCCCGAUCUUGCCCACCUGCCAUGGGGCCAUGCUUGCCACUGAGCCAUCCAUGCAUCCCUGCCCAUCCCAGGAUCUGGUUCCCCCAAAGGGUCCACCAGGGACCCUCGCUCACUCCAAGGCUCGGCCCAUGGGGACUUCCCUAGGCCAGGGUCCCUUCCUUGUGGGCUCCUUCUCCUCUUUUUUGGAAGAGGGAGCCAGGCCUGAAGGCAUCAGGCAUCGGCUGGAAGGUCCAUCCUACUCUCCCAUUGAAGGACGGGAUGGGUCCGGCGGGAGGCGGGAAAACUCCCUUCCAUUGCCACAGUCCAGGCACCUCCAGGAUCUCACCUGACACCAGCAAGUCUUCGGCUACUUCCCACGCUGCUCCACAGGGUAGCGGGAUUCCAGCGGCUAUGAAGGACGUGAGCAGGUGCCAGCAAGGGCCUCGCCUCGCCUGGGGUCAGCGGCGGGGGGGGGGGGGGACCUGGACGGGUGGACAUGGGUUUCCACUCUAGAAUAAAAAUCCGCCCCGGGGACCACGACCGUCUUAGCCCCAAACUUCAAAACAGCCUCCUGGUAGACUGAGCAAUUAUUGACUCUUUUUGCGCCACUGUGUCCUCCAGAAAAGUCUCAGUGUUUAGUUUAGAUAUUGCUAACUUGUGCUAUUAACCUUUUGACAAGCGUGUAGUCUUUUCUCUUUUGGACCCCUGGUGCUCCCACGCUCGCUAACUCCCACCGAGAUUAGCUCACGGGGUGCCACCCUCUCGCUAAACCAAGUGAUGAAGCACACUAACCCUUGACCCGGAAAUGGAAACGUGAACCAAAUAAAGAAAAUUCCUUCGGCCCACCCCCCGGU